CGUUACUCGUUGCCCACGGCCGAAGCAAAGGCAGUUAACCUCUGCCGGUGUGGAGUUAGUCAGUGAGCGUGUCUUGGUAUCGCCAAUCGGUCGAUUUUUAUUCGCUUGCGAAAAUUUCACACAAAAGCUACGAAUUUCGGGCACGUCACACAUUAAAUCAUCUUCCGUAAUUAGAUUUAUUCCUCCACAGAGAAAAAAUAUGCAAUAGAAGCGUGUGUGAAGCCGCCCGAAGAUGACGUCCAGACUCGUCCAGAUGCAAGCCAGGUUUCAACAGAAACAAAUCCAAGAACGCGAAGAGAAACUCGUGCGUUUGUACGAAUCGCAGCAGCAGAAAGCCUUCGAAAGAGUCGGUCGCGGAAGUGCCGGAAGUAACACCAGUUUGGGGUCAACUGGGGGCGGAAAAGUUCGCCAAAUGUUUGACGAGAGGCGGCAAAAGGCGGGGAUUGACCGGAGUUAUCCGCUGGAGCCUUUGAAAGCGAGCAAGACUAAUAAUUCGCGAGGGGGAAGCGUGGAAAGGAAGAUCACAGUUAAUAGAACGGCCACGAAAAGUGUGGCGCAGAUACGUAAUGGGAAACCGGUAGUUAGUAAAAAAGUUGUUCAGUCGAUUUAUAAUAAUAAUGACGGGGAUGAGAGUUUUGAACAACAUACGUACGAGAGCGAUAAUUUAAACCAGACUUAUAACAAACACUCCGAUAUUGUGGAAUUGAUGAAUAAUCACAACUUGAAUGAUAGUUUAGAUAAUGAAGAAAUGCCAGAGUUGGGGUUUGAUGAGGUUGACGAGCCCGUUUUCACCGGGAAACUCGCCAAUCUCGGCGGAAAACUGCCAAGUGAAAAGGUGGAGAAGAAAGCCAAGCCCCCGAGUAAUACGUUGGGAAAAACCUUUCGUAAAGAGACCAAGCCCAUCAUCAAACGCAGCGUCAAACCCAGUGCUUCAGUGCAGCCGCUGAAGACGACGUCCAGCCCUGUUUCGUCUCCUGUUCGCUCGCUGUCGCAGACGAUGCAAUCGGCCAAGUCAAAUCCGGUGAAGAAGGGGACUCCACAGCCCCCACAAUCGGCGCGCGCCCCCUGCAAGGACCGGCCCUCGGCCAAGCAAUCGGCCAAAUCGCCCGUAGCUCGGGACGACCUGAACGAAUGUAGGUUUUGCAACCGGAGGUUCGCUGCAGACCGCCUCCAGGUCCAUGAGUCCAUCUGUGGCAAAACGGCCAAAAAGAAACGAAAGAUUUACGACGCCACCAAGCACAGGGUGGAGGGGACGGAGCUGGAGCAGUACGUGCGCAGAGGCAAGAAUCUGAGUAGUAAAGCGUCGAAUCGCCAAGCCCCCAGGAAGGACUGGCGCCGGACGCACGAGGAGUUCAUUAACGCCAUCCGAGCGGCCAAAAUGGCCCAAGCACAUGUGGCCAAAGGGGGCAAGUUGGCGGACUUGCCGCCGCCGCCGCCCUCCAGCAACCCCGACUACGUCCAGUGCCCGCAUUGCGGGCGCAAGUUCAACGAAGCGGCCGCCGAGAGACACAUCCCCAAGUGUGCCACCUACGAGUUCAAUAAACCCAAACCUGGAGCGAAUAAAAGUAAAACUUCGGGCAGGAGUAUGAGAUAGAACGAGUUUUGAUUUUGUACACUUGAUAAAUUCUCGCCGAUCAAUUUUUUUUUCUUUUAAUUCAUUUUAAUCAAAUAAUGUGGCAAAUGUAACACGUUUUUACAUAUUAAAGGCUGGGAAAUGGAGGAAAUAGUGAUUUUCUAACUUCGAGUCAUUAAAAACUACGGUGCUGUGCGAUAAAUAAGUAACAUAUUUUUUUACAAAUUAAUACCAAAUUGAUUAGCAUUUUUUACUAGAAACACGAUUGUGUCUAGUCCGCUUUUAUGUUCCUCUUAAAAACCAAUAAAAUCUGCUUUAUUACAA